AAGCUGGUUUAUGACUGAUGUUUUUUGCUGGAGAAAUAAAAAAAUGUCUGGAGUUCGUUUUUCUAGUUUGUUGCCAAGAUUGAUUAGCCGUGGGACUAAAUGGAAUAGUCAGCACCCCAUGUGGGUUACACAAAGACUAUUUGCAUCAGAGGCAGAUGUAGACUUAACAAAAACCUGUCUUUAUGACUUUCAUCUUGAACAUGGUGGUAAAAUGGUGCCAUUUGCUGGUUUUAGUAUGCCAGUACAAUACAAAGAGGGACUCUUAGCAGAACAUCUACAUACUAGGAACACCGUAUCAUUAUUUGAUGUCUCACAUAUGCAGCAAAGUAAGGUUUAUGGUAAAGACAGAAUCCAAUUCAUAGAAAGUCUGAUUGUGGGUGAUGUAGCAGGGCUCCCUGAUAACACUGGUACAUUAUCACUGUUUACAAAUCACAAAGGUGGAAUACAAGAUGAUUUAAUAGUUAGUAAAACAACAGAAGAUUAUCUUUAUAUUGUAUCUAAUGCUGGCUGUAUAGACAAAGACAUUGCAAAUAUGAAGGCUCAGGAAGUUGCAAUGAAAUCACAGGGCUUUGAUGUGACCUUUGAACCAAUCACAGAUAGGGCUCUAUUAGCUCUUCAAGGGCCAUUAAUGACAAAGGUGCUGCAAAAUGGAAUUAGAAGUGACCUCAAAGACUUUACCUUUAUGAAAACAGCUGAGAUGUCAGUUUACGGUGUACCUAACUGUAGAGUUACUAGAUGUGGUUACACUGGAGAAGAUGGAGUUGAGAUUUCUAUACCAAUUAAGCAUGUGUUAGAAGUGGUUGAUUCUCUAAUGAGUUGUCAGUUAGCUGAAGUGAAGUUAGCUGGUCUUGGUGCCAGGGAUAGUCUACGAUUGGAAGCUGGUCUUUGUCUCUAUGGUAAUGAUAUUGAUGAAGAUACAACACCUAUAGAGGCUACAUUAGCAUGGACAAUUGCAAAAAGAAGACGCCAGGAAUCUAACUUUCCAGGUGCUGAAAUUAUUCUCAAACAGUUAAAAGAAAAACCUAAGAGAAAGAGAGUUGGUAUUGUGUCAAGUGGUCCUCCUGCUAGAGCUGGUACUCAAAUACUCGAUGAAUCAGGCGAACCUAUUGGUCAUUUAACAAGUGGAUGCCCAUCCCCCACACUGAAAAAGAAUGUUGCUAUGGGAUAUGUCACUACAAAGCAUGCCAAGAAUGGAACAAAGCUCAAACUACAAGUUCGCAAGAAGCAAAUUGAUGCUCAAGUCUGUAAAAUGCCAUUUGUACCAACUAAGUACUACACAGGAAAAUAA